UUCACAUUCCCUUAUUCAUAUUCCAUUGAUUCAGCCACUCUUUAACAUUAGCACACGUAUGCAAAAAGGCUAGACGUAAUUUACAAACGUUCGUUCUACUUAAUUCGCCUUGCCCAAAAAAUGAAUCCAUAGCUAUCUUGGUCCUUACUUCUUUAAACAUAACCAAAAAGUGGAAAGGCGAUAGACAUAAUGGCGAGCAUAGAUGACGCCGGCAAGCAGGAAGCUCCGGUUAUCAUCGUGGGCGGUGGUUUAGCGGGGUUGGUAGCUGCUUUCGAAUUAUCACAGCGCGGCGUGCGGACGUUAAUUGUGGACCAAGAAGGAGAGCAGAACCUCGGCGGCCAGGCAUUCUGGUCGUUGGGCGGAAUCUUCUGCGUCGACUCGACGGAACAAAGACGGCUUGGCAUCAAAGAUAGCCGGAAGCUCGCCAUGCGCGAUUGGCUCGGGUCGGCACGCUUCGAUCGCCCUGAUGAUGAGGAUAUCUGGCCGCGCCGCUGGGCCGAGGCGUUUGUCGACUUUGCUACGGAUGGAAUGGAGAAGUACCUCAAGGACCGUGGGGCUGGCUUCCUCUCUACGGUGAGUUGGGCCGAGCGCGGCGAUGGUACGGCAGAUGGCCAUGGAAACUCGGUCCCGCGGUUCCACAUUACCUGGGGCGCCGGACCCGAAGUUGUGCGCGUGUUUGCCGAACCCGUCCAAGAGGCGGCGAAAAAAGGUAUCGUGGAGUUUAAGUUCAGGCACAGGGUAGACGAACUACUCAUCGAUGAAAACGGUAGAGCAUCCGGAGUCCGAGGACGUAUUCUUGCGCAAGAUCCGUCGCCUCGAGGAGUCAAAACGUCAAGAGAAGAGGUGGGUGACUUUGAGCUCCAUGGCGCGGCGGUAAUUGUUUCCUCAGGAGGUAUUGGAGGUAACGUGGAGGCGGUAAAGAAAGCGUGGCCCGUGGAUCGUCUUGGUCCGAAGAUACCGCAGAACUUCGUGAUUGGCGUUCCUGCGCACGUCGAUGGCCGGAUGUUAGGAAUCGCGGAGUCGGCUGGCGCUAACUUCAUCAAUCGCGACAGGAUGUGGCAUUACACCGAGGGGCUACAGAACUGGAAUCCCAUCUGGCCAGAUCACGGAAUCCGCGUCCUGCCAGCACCAUCGUCGCUCUGGCUGGACGCAACCGGAAAAAGGCUUCCGCCAUUCCUAUACCCCGGAUGUGACACAUUAGCAACGCUCAAGUACAUAUGCAGCACCGGCUACGACUACACCUGGUUUAUUCUCGACCAAUCCAUCAUCGCGCGCGAAUUUGCGCUAUCAGGCUCAGAACAGAACCCCGACCUGACAGAGAAGAGCAUCUGGCAACUUCUUAAAAACCGAGUCUUUAGCUCUAAGGGCACGGUGCCCGUCCAGAACUUUCAGAAGUUUGGGAAAGACUUUGUCGUGCGCGACAACCUCGAGGACCUAGUCACCGGCAUGAACGAGAUAGCUAAAUCUGUCGGUGGGCCUAUACUUGACCCCAAGGCUAUCAGGGAAGUUGUCGAGACGCGCGACGACCAGUUUGUAAACAGUUACUGCAAGGAUGCUCAGGUGAUGGCCAUCCGUAAUGGCCGCAAUUACUGGCCUGAUACCCGCCGUGUAGCGGCACCCCACCAGAUCCUAGAUCCGAAGCAUGGUCCCCUAAUCGCCGUUCAUAUGAACCUUCUAACGCGCAAGUCACUCGGCGGGCUCGAGACGAAUCUAGAAAGCAAUGUUAUGAAGGCAAAUGGCGAAAAGUUCCCCGGUCUAUAUGCCGCGGGCGAGGCAGCUGGGUUUGGCGGUGGUGGAGUUCACGGGUACAACUCACUCGAGGGCACAUUCCUCGGCGGCUGUAUUUUCUCAGGCAGGGCAGCGGGAAGGGCAAUUGCUGAUGAGCUUCUUGGGCCUGCUUGAGACUAGUAGUCCUGAUUUCGGGGUGUAAAUUGCAAUGUAUACUAUUUACGGACCGUCAAUGACAUAUGGGAUGGUUCUUCUUACUGGCGAAUCAAUUUAAUAAAAAGUUACGCAAUCAUGAUUGGACCUCGUGAAUAGCAGUAGGGGGGUUUUGGUGUUGACAAUCGAUCAUUAUGGCUAAUAGGCUUGAGCAUAUCUUAAUACGAAAAAGUGUUGUUUAUAAGUAGUGAAUACCUAGGUAGAUACAUA